UAUUAUCCUGCCACACAUCAGCACAUACAUCAACAUUAUAAUCAACAGCAGCAGCAACAACAACAUGCUGAACAGACUAUAGUUUCAGGACAACCACAUUGUAAUCUACAUAAAGGAGUUGUAGAUAAACAACAACAACAUCAGCAGCUUCAACAGCAACAGCAGCAUUUGCAUUAUCAAAAACAGCUACAACUACAAGAACAGCAGCAGCAGCAUCAUCACUACCAGCCUCAAAUGAGACCAGAAACACAACAACAGCAGCAGCAACAACAAUAUCAAAACAUUGGUACAUGGCUACCACAAAAUAAACCCAUUCCCACAGCAACAACAGGAACCACUAAUAUGAAUGGUAAAAUUGAUGACUUAAAACCCCAUCGACAUCAUGAGCAACAAACACAUUAUCAUCAUCAACAGCAGCAGCAGUUACAAUCAAAUUAUUGUUCUAAACGUCUUGAUUCCAAUAUUGCUAAUGGACGAAAUACAACCUGUCUUAUCGAGGAUGUUGAAUCAGAUUUUAUGAUUGGAAAAACUUUCAUAACACCACCCGAUAUACCUUCUCCACCACCACAACCCAUACUAAGCGACAACAAAAGAUUUCAAAGCGGACAAACGCCAAAUAAAACCACUGCUAUGGGGCCAUCAACAUCGGCAGCAUUAAUAAACAAAUCGUGUUGUCAAUGUGAAGGACGUGUAAAAAAUCUCUCUUUCUCCAAUCAUACACCUUUAGCACAACAUCACAGUAGCCACUGUCAUCUUCAUCAACAGCCUCCAAAACAACAACAGCAGUUACAUCAUACGCCUCAUCACAAUAAUUUGCAACAUCAAUAUCAACAACAGCAUCAGCAGCAGCAACAACAUCAACUACACUCUCAUAAUCAGCACAACAACGAAGAAACUUUAAUUUUGCCAAAAGCUUCAUCAGCAUUAAAAUCACAACAACAGCCGCAUUAUCAUAAUCAGCAGCCACAUCACCAACAGCAACAACAAUAUCAUCAUCAUUCAUCUUCUGUACAACAACAUCAGCAACAUUAUCGUAAAGUUGAUGUUUUUGCAGCAGGCAACAUAGAUGAUGAUGACAAUGAUACAAGUCCCAGCAUAAAG